ACACACACACACACACACACACACACACACACACACACUCAUAUGGUCAGAGGGAGGGUUACAGACUCACAACACAGAUCAGCUGUUCUCAGGUAUGCAGAUAAGCUGUAUAUGGAGAUGUUGGAGGAUCAGCAGGACCCAGGAUGGAGUUGGAGCAUGUCUCCGGUCUCAGAGCUGUCCAUCUGCAUGCAGAAGCUCCGGUGUGAGGACAGUCAGACCCCCAGGAGACGUCUGGAUCUGACUCCCGAGCUGAGCAGCUCAGACAGGGGGCAAACCUCAGGACAGCAAACCCUGACAGUGAAACGUCAUGAUUGUGUGUGCACAGUGAGCAGGUGGAGGACGAGGGGCUGCAGAGGAGUGACGUCACCUGAACAGACCUCAAACACGACCCACAGCCUGAGUGGAGGAACUGAGGAUGAUGAAGACGAUGAGGAUGAUAAGGAGAACACCAGUAUGCGGAAGAAAGUGAGAGUGAGACUGUUCAGCUCGUCCAGUCCUGAAGAUCAGGUGCAGUCUGUGAGAAGGAGUAAGAGACAGUUUCGUUCUUCACCAGCAGAGGGCGAACUAGAGACGCUGGAUUCAGAGUCGCUGAUGCUGUUCCAGAGAUUGAGAUGCAGAAGAAAUCCAGAACACACACUCAUCCCUGAGAGCUCUGAUACUGAUCACUUCCUCAUUGGGGACUUCAGCCAACAUCAUGUGCUUCCUGUGGAGAAGAUGAACCAUCAGGAUCUUCACUGUGUUUCAGCUCAAACUGUGGCGUCUCUGCUCCAAGGUGAGUUCAGCUCCGUGGUUGAAGAGUUCCUGAUCAUCGACUGCCGUUAUCCAUACGAGUAUGGAGGAGGUCACAUCAAGGGAGCGGUCAACCUGUACACUGAGUCUCAGAUGUUCCAGGCUUUCAUCCAGGGCUUGUCUAAUACCACACAGGUGUCUCCAGCUGGCCAUCAUGCCCCAGACGAGGCGUCUGCUGUGGGGAGACGGGGCAGCAGAGGGGAGACACCAGGGGGAGUCAAGGAGGGAGCAUCGUCCCGCAGAAAACUCAUAGUGUUUCACUGCGAGUUUUCAUCAGAGAGAGGACCACGUCUUUGUCACUAUCUGAGGGAGUUGGAUCGUACUGUAAAUGCUCAGACGUACCCUCAUCUCUUCUACCCUGAGCUUUACCUACUGCAGGGGGGGUACAAGCUCUUCUACUCCUGCUGUCCAGAGCUGUGUGAGCCUUGUGCUUAUGUCCCCAUGCGUCACAGGGACUUUAGAGAGCAGCUUCACUGUUUCAGCAGGAAGACACAGCGACAUCGUCACCGACGUCCAAUCAGAUCGCAGCUUUUAACCCUGACUGAGGGCUGUGUUUCUAAACAAAACCACAAACGACUGACUGAUAAUCAGUAAUAAAAUACACAUGUUCUAAUCUGAUCUAAAGCCCUAUUUCACAUGUAGUCUCUAUUCCCUGGUCCAGGCAUCUCCACUCUUCUGGGAAGAUGUUCUGGAGUCACUAAGCACAGAGUUCCCACCUCUUAUUAUAAGAACACAAAUCUUUAACCCACUCAUAUUUAUUCAACAAAAUAAACCCUUGUGUUUAAAUACC